AUCAUAGCCAGAGUUAGAGGAGGAACAGUUGGAAGAGCAAGGAAGGGACCAGAGCUUACACUUGGAAAGAUAACCAUCGUCAAGGAUGCAAUCACACGAGGAAGUUACUUCGGAGAUGAGAUUCCAGACAGCAUAUCCAUCAUAAAACUACACCAGGACGAAGUGUUGGUGUUGCCGGAAGGAGCCAAAGUACUAGCUUAUUCAGACAAGUACGAGGUGGAGAUGUUCUCCAUAGAAGAUCAUUUGUUCUGUAUUCAAGGACAUCCCGAGUAUAACAAAGAGAUUCUCUUCGAGAUCGUAGAUCGUGUUCUUCGUCUUGGCUUCAUCAAGCAAGAAAUGGCUGAUGCGGCAAAGGCAUCGAUGGAUAAUAAGGGAGCUGACAGGAAACUUUUGGAGACGAUUUGCAAGAACUUCCUCAAAGGCAGAGUUCCAGCUAACUAGUUGUUUCACUCCCAAGUUAUCUAUUUGUCUCCUGUUAUAUUGGAAACAUUUAUGGAUUUAUGAUCUUUGCAUUAUUAUUCCUAAUCAAUGUAUAACCUAUUAAUUAAUCUCAAGCGUGACAUUUAUUUA